CCUCCUCCUCCUCCCUCAUGCACACACACAUACUCGGCGAUGCGUCCAUCUCCAGAGCCGGACUCCAAGCGCCUGUCGCCGCUGUCGAAAAAUCUGGAGUUUAGAAACAGCAGCAGGAUAUAGGGGGCUUGAAUCAACCAUCAACCUGUGUUCAAGUAGUGGAUAUGUAGCUUGCCGUUUUGUACCUUUUUUUUGGAGGAUGUUGUAGUUUGCUGAAUAAUGAUGAAUCUGAUGGCACUUUUUGUUGAAUUAGCGGAUACCAUAAUGAUCUUGGUGACAAAGCCUUUCUCACUGCUUAAACUAUCAUGCAUCUUUGUCAUGAGAAGCUUUUGUAUUGUUGUUUACACCUGGGUGGAGCUGCUGAGAGCUGCUAUCAGCAUACAUGUAGAUAUAAUCAGGAGGCUUAUGAUUUGGACUUUUGCUCUUAUAUCUCUUCCUAUAAGAAUUUUGGCUGCAUUACAGAGGGAGAGGCUGCUACAAAUUCAUCUGCACGAGCUGCAGAUUGAGCUGGAAAAUCUUGUAUGGAACCGGAAGCACCUUGAGGAACGUUUGCAUAUGGCCAUUAAAGAAUGUAGAAUGAUGGAGGAAAUGCUAGAAGAAGUUGAAGACGAACAUGGCGAGGCCAUUGUGAAAAUUGAACUAUUGGAGAGACAGUUACAGGGCAUUAAAGAAGAAAAUCUUCAGCUGAAGGAGAUUCAGGGUAAAGGUCGUUGGAGCUUACCAAGUCAAGAUGAUGCUGGCAAAGGUAAUGACCAUGAUAGUGCUGUUGUAGAAAAAUGCAUUUCUUAUGGGAUCCAAUCAUUGAAACCUAGUUCUAAUGGGAGUUGUACUAUCAUUCAAGAUGUCUGGAAGCACAAAGAGUCUUGGGAAGAUGAUGGCAAAACGAAAACAGAGUUGCUUGGUUUUGUAAGAACAGAAAUGAAAGCCAGCGGGGAUACACAUGAAGUUAGACCUGGUUUAAUCUCCAGAAGUUUAUAUAUGAAUGAAGUACUUGUCCAACAUAGGGAAAUUGCAAUUUUACAGAGCCUUUUCAGCGCAGUGUUGUCAUUGAUAGUAGGAGUGAUUAUCUGGGAGGCAGAGGAUCCUUGUAUGCCUCUUGUAGUAGCUCUCUUUACUGUGGUUGGCAUGUCUUUGAAGAGUGUUAUACAGUUCUUCUCCACCAUCAACAAUAAGCCGGUGUCCGAUGCAGUUGCUCUUUUAAGCUUCAAUUGCUUCAUACUUGGCACUCUGACAUAUCCUGUACUGCCUAGAAUUGCUCAUAUGUCGACUCCAAUGGCCUUGACCUUUUUGGAGCAGUCAGCAAACUGGCUUGGUUUCACCUCCUAAAGUCACCUAGUUCUUGGAAUAUUUAUAUACAAAAAACAUGUACGAUAUACUUCGAAACAUGAAGUUUUGUUCUGGCUCUUGUUUGCCUUUUUUACAGCUUGUACUGUUAAGUUUGUCUAGUACAGUUGUUUGUCCAUUGUGGACACAUUGUUUUGUUGUUGAGUAUGUUUUCCUAUGGGAUUUGGGGUCAUGUAAUCUGCAAUUUUGCUACUCGAGGUGUUUUCCCUAAUCUGAAGAGGUCAAAUAUGUGUUCUUCUGA